CUGAUGGGCAGACCGGGUUGCAGAUACGUAUCAGAAUAAACGCACCAUUGCUUUCCCUCGCACAAAUUGGACUACAAUCCCGAAACUCCAACAUGUACAAGAAUCUGGAGGAGCACAACCGGCUGGUAAACAAAUACCUAAAAAUAUUCUUCGUCGUGGCACUUUACUGGUGCACUUCGAUACUGACGGUAUUCGUGAACAAACACCUGCUGAGCAGCGACACUGUUAACCUGGGGGCUCCGCUCUUCAUGUCCUGGUUUCAAUGCGUGGUCUCUACCGUGAUCUGCUUCGUGGGAAGUCGUCUGAGCAGAAAGUACCCCUCGGUCUUUACAUUUCCCGAGGGGAAUCCAUUAGACAUCGACACUUUCCGCAAGAUUCUACCUCUAUCCGUGCUCUACACCCUGAUGAUCGGGGCUAACAAUCUGUCGCUAUCCUACGUCACGGUGGCCUUCUACUACAUAGGCCGCUCCCUGACCACCGUGUUUAGUGUGGUCCUCACCUACGUGAUCCUCCGCCAGCGAACGAGCUUCAAGUGCCUGCUGUGCUGCGCCGCCAUUGUCAUUGGAUUCUGGCUGGGAGUGGAUCAGGAGAGUCUCACGGAGGUAUUCUCCUGGCGGGGCACCAUCUUCGGCGUUCUAAGCUCGCUGGCCCUGGCCAUGUUCUCCAUUCAGACUAAGAAGUCUCUGGGCUAUGUCAACCAAGAGGUGUGGCUGCUGAGCUACUACAACAACCUGUACUCCACCCUGCUCUUUCUGCCCCUGAUCAUCAUCAACGGCGAACUGGAGACUAUUAUCACGUACCCAUAUCUGUGGGCCUCUUGGUUCUGGGCCGCUAUGACCCUAAGUGGCAUUUGUGGCUUCGCCAUCGGGUUUGUCACAGCGCUGGAAAUCAAGGUCACUUCCGCUCUGACGCACAAUAUCUCGGGAACCGCCAAGGCUUGCGCACAAACGGUGAUUGCCACCCAGUAUUACAACGACGUUCGAUCGGCGCUCUGGUGGACCUCCAAUGUGGUGGUGCUUCUGGCCAGUGCCGCAUACACAAGGGUGAAGCAGUUGGAGAUGCAGCGCCAGCACCAGCAGCGCAGCACGCCCGCCCAGAAAGCUUAGGAGCAACAUAAUGCCGCCAAAGUAACGUAGACUGUUUAGAACUCUAGGAGAUGUAAGUUUAAAGUAUGCACAAACGAUCCAUCAACAAAAAUACAUAGGCAUUUGUAUUAACUAA